ACUUGUCCUGAUUCAUAUUCAUUCAUAUUAUUGUUGUUUAUUUCAAUAUAAACACUAACCUUUUCCAUAUGACUUCGGGGAAAAGGCACAGACAGGACACAGACUAAGGUGAUGAUUAAUGUGGUGAAGCCAUAGUGUUGUCAAUCCGCCAAGAGAAAAAUAACUGGACUUUCCCACCUGUUGACCGUGCUGUCUUUACUGUGGUGACUGGAGUUGCGUUAAGUCUUUUUUUCUAUCACUACCACUAGACUGACGAGAAUUCUAUACUGGUUGUAGGGACUAAUUGUGAAAGAGAUGCUGCUAAAUCCUAAUGACCUGUCUGAGUUGGACUCAGUAGAGGUUACAGAACCACAGGGAAACCAGACAUACCACAAAUGUAAUAAGUCCUCAGAUCAUGUAUCUUGCACUCAAAAUGGAUCUAAUGUGAUGACUUUCCUCAAGAGAAAUGCUUUUGUUGUUCUUACAAUGGUCAGUGUUGCAAUAGGGAUCGGCCUGGGCUUUGCUCUGCGACCCAUUAAUAUGUCAACCAGGGAUAUAAAAUAUUUAACCUUUCCUGGAGAACUUCUAAUGAGAAUCCUGCAGAUGUUGGUGCUUCCUCUCCUCAUAUCCAGUCUGAUUACAGGAAUGUCAUCUGUGGACAGGAAGGCUUAUGGGAAACUUGGGCUAAGGGCUCUCAGCUUUUACAUGGUCACCACAAUUAUUGCUGCAUUCACUGGUAUUGCCCUAGCAAUUCUUAUCCAACCAGGGAAAUCAUCCAGGACGGCUUCAGUGUCCUCUAGUGGUGAAGCAGAAGCUGUGCAGACUGUAGAUUCCUUUCUAGAUCUUAUCAGAAACAUGAUUCCCUCAAAUCUGAUUGAAGCUUGUUUCAGAAAGGUAAGAUUUGGCUAUGGCUAUGAUUUGGUUAUAUAUUCAUACCGUCACUGUUUCAUACUUAACAACAAGUAUCAUUCACUAAUUAUUUUCAUCCAGUAUAAAACAGUUUAUUCCAGAAGUGUUUCAACAGGAAGUCUUGGUGUGAUCAAUGAGACUGAAACCAGUGAAAACAAUGACAGAGUACCAGUGCCAGGCACCUCAGAUGGCAUUAAUAUAUUGGGUGUAUUGGUCUUCUCUGUUGCCUUCGGUCUCACCCUGGGCAGUAUGGGGACUGAGGGAAAACCUCUGAGGGAUUUCUUCGACUGCCUGAAUAAAGCCAUGAUGCGUCUAGUCAGCAUAGUCAUCUGGUAUUCACCCGUGGGAACCCUCUUCCUGCUGGCAGGACAGGUUGUGAAGAUGGCAGACCCUGGAGAGAUAGGUCGGGAAGUUGCCAUGUAUGCUCUCACUGUGAUUAUUGGCCUGAUAAUCCACAGUUUCUUCACCCUGCCCCUCAUCUAUUUCAUGGUCACACGUAAGAAUCCCUUCAGGUUUAUAGGUGGUCUACUCCAGCCUCUCACCACUGCUUUUGGGACUUCAUCAAGUUCUGCAACCCUACCUGUCACUCUCCACUGUAUGGAGGAAAAUGACAACAUGGACACCCAAGUGGCACGCUUCAUGCUCCCUAUUGGGGCCACAAUGAACAUGGAUGGUGCAGCGCUCUAUGAAGCUGUAGCUGCUUUAUUCAUUGCCCAGGUUAAUAAUAUGGAGUUUAACCUUGGUCAAAUCAUUAUCCUUAGUUUGAUCGUCACAGCUGCAAGUACUGGUGCAGCAGGCAUCCCACAGGCUGGCAUGGUAUCCAUGGUGAUUGUGUUGGCGUCAGUUGGACUACCCACUGAAGACAUAUCGCUGCUCUUGAUUUUUGAUUGGAUACUGGAUCGUCUAAGGACUACCACCAAUGUGCUGGGUGACUGUAUCGGCGUGGGUGUCGUGCAGCAUCUGUCCAGACAUGAGCUACAGAGCUUUCAGCUCUGAGCUUCAAGACAGCAUCUAUUUCCAAAGGCUAAGAUUCGUGUGAUAUGUUAUUGCUGAAUGAUAACAAAAACUGUUUUUUGUCUUUGUGAAUUUUACUACCCAGUAUACAAUAGUAGUUGAUAUUAAUUUAGCACACACAGGAACAUGUUUUAGAUCUUCAGGAAAAGCAGAAUUAGAUGAAUCAGAUGUUAGAGGAACAGAGUUUAGGAGUGAAUUAGCUGCCCCUGCUCCUGCUGGUAUCAAUAACCCACAGUACUUGAAGAGCAGGAGGAAUUAACACACUUUGAGCAGCGUUGCAGGGGAAGCUUGGUGAAUAUUUCUAUGUAGAGUAUGUUGGAUAUGAAAUGUUAAACUUUAGUGGACAACAUUUAUAAAAUUAGGAUGACAGUAUUGGGAAAUAGAGUGUGCAUGUUAUUAAUUAAAAUAUUCAGUUUGUGCCUUUAUACCAUAACUGGUGUUUUCUUUUGACCCCAUAAUGCUUAUGUGUCAUGAUAAAACCUUUGGCUGCCAUUUUGCCCAAAUUUCUUUGAAA